AUGGCAGAAAAAUUGCCAAAAUUAUCUUAUCUUCAAUUGUGGAAUAAUAUGUUCUUGGGCCCUAUCCCGGUGCAGCUCACAGAACUUGGAUAUCUACAGUUCUUAGACCUUGCGCAUAACAGAAUGUCAGGCAGCAUACCUCAUUCAUUGUCCAAGCUGAAAGCUAUGACUCAUGACAAGGAUCACCUGCAACAGUUAGGUAUCCCCUUACUCUGGAGCUAUGAUAGGCCAGCAUCCCCAGGCAUAUAUGAGAUGCAAAAGUAUGAUGAUAGCCUAGAAGUAAUGAAAGGCCAAUAUCUUGAUUACACCAGUAACAUCAUACACACGGUUGGCCUUGAUCUCUCCCACAAUAAUUUAGUUGGAGAGAUUCCAGAUGACAUAACAUCUCUUAUUGGACUGAGGGGCUUCAACAUCUCCCAUAAUCAGUUAUCUGGUAAGAUUCCAGAGAAGAUUGGCCUGCUACAAUCACUAGAGUCUCUCGAUCUGUCAUGGAACGAACUCUCUGGUGAAAUUCCUUCCAGUCUCUCAGGCUUGACAAUGUUAAGCAAGCUGAACCUAUCAUACAAUAAUCUCUCCGGAAGAAUACCCUCAGGUGAUCAGCUGCAGGCACUGAUAGAUCCAGCUUCUUCGUACAUUGGCAACGACUGUCUCUGUGGGCCCCCAGUUUCCAGGAAUUGCUCGGGGCCUGAGGUUGCUAGCGGUCAUCUUGAUGAGCAUCAGUCAGGUUCAGAGGUAAGGAACUUGUAUCUUGGCAUGGCUGCAGGAUAUGUUUUGGGCCUUUGGGUGGUCUUUGUUACAUUGUUAUUUGACAGGACGUGGAGAGCUGCUUAUUUCCAGCUCUCUGACAAGCUAAUGGCGGAUUGGUAA